AGUUUCCAUAUGCAAAAGUAAACGCCAUUUUAAUGGGGUAGUACAAAACCCCAAACGCUCCUCCGUAUUCCAUGUUAGACACUAUCAUAGUACCAUUUCCUACUCUUCUAUACCGACGUGCUUCCCUCUCUUAGUCUCUCUCUCUCUCUUCAUCAACCUUCCAUUGUCACUUCAAAUUCUUGGGUUUUUUUCCAUUUUUCUACACCAACCCAAACAAAGUUUCCACCUUUCUUUUCAUCAGUCUUUAUCAUUCAACACCCAAUUUUUGAUUUUUCUCCUUUUGCUAAUUCCUGUGAUUUGGGAGUUUUCCAUCUAAUACCCAAGUCAUUUUCACCAAUUUUGGUGCCAUUAAGGAGGAAACUUUGGGUGUUCUGGUGAGGCAAUUCCAAAAUCGAGCAUUAAACUUUAUAGAGUUGAUUGUUCUCCUCCAUGGAGACUCUGACUUCUGCCGCGGCUUUGCCUAUACAUCAUGAGACAUCCAACUAUGACGAGAUAUCUAUGCACGAGAGUUUGCUCUUUGCAGACAACCUUAAGGAUUUGAAGAAUUUGCGAACUCAAUUAUAUUCAGCCGCAGAGUAUUUUGAAUUGUCUUACACCAAUGACGACCAAAAGCAAUUUGUUAUUGAAACAUUAAGGGAUUAUGCUAUUAAAGCUUUGGUGAACACGGUAGACCAUUUAGGUUCAGUGACUUACCAGGUUAACGAUAUGUUGGAUGAAAAUGUUGAAGAAGUCACAGAGACUGAAUUUCAUGUAUCAUGUAUCGAGCAGAGAUUACGCACAUGCCAAGAGUAUAUGGAACGGGAGGGCAUAACCCAGCAAUCAUCAAUCAUAGAUACACCGAAAUUUCAUAAACGAUAUGUCAUACCAGCUGGUCAGACCAUGAACAGCAGCAGUCUUGCAAAUUUAAAGUACAAAAACUGCAGCAUAGACGAGGAUGACUGGCUUCGGAAUGCUGCUAGAGCCACAUUUAGGGACACUCGAUCUUCAUUUAGAAAGACACCACCCUCAAUUAGUGAAAAACCCUCCACAAUUAGAGAGACGUCUUCCUUUGCCAGAAGAGGACGCUCUACUUCACCGGCCCCACGACCUCCCCAGUCACCAUCGUUAUUCACCAUUGCUAGCUCCACCUCCCGAAAAGAACAAGAGAGAAGAUCAGUUUCACCCCAUCGGUUUCCUCUUAUGCGUUCGGGAUCACUUGCUUCAAGACCCACCGCACCAAAAUCCAGUAGGCCAACUACUCCAAAUCCGGCCCUUGAAAGGCACCGGUAUCCUUCAGAUCCUUGGAAGUCAGUCUCUAUGCGAAUCCCUGACGAGAAGGAGAAGCUCAAGGAAAUCGAACGUCAUCCCAGCAAAAGCAAGCGUCUGCUCAAGGCGUUGCUCAGCAGGCGGAAGACAAAGAAAGAUGAAACAUUAUAUACUUAUUUGGAUGAAUACUAAGAAAAUUACACUGGAAAGUAAUUGUAAUUGGUUUUUAAAUAAUAGUAUUAGAUAUGUUCGAGCCAUUGUGCAGCUUCAGCAACUAUGUAUCAUAUAUCAAAGCAUAUGUACUUUUCGGAUGGUUCUUUUAUUAAUUUAUUUUUUAUCUUAUUUUCU